AUGGUGACAUGCAGUACAAGAAAGUACGGUGCAUGUCGUAGCAUCCCAAAAGGCCCCAGGGACCUAGACUGGGCUGGCUGUCAGGAGGGCCGACAGAGAGGCUUCUGUGAUCAGGUACGUUCCCGUGGGCAUCCCAGCGAUCCGUACCUCUUCCCACAGGAGCCAUGUGUGAGAUACCUGCCCCGGCUGUACCUGGAUAUACACAAUUACUGCGUGCUGGCCAAGCUGCGGGACUUUGUGGCCUCGCCCCAGUGUUGGAAAGUGACUCCGGUCGAUGACGUGAAGGACAAAGGGCGGAAGCUGUACACCAUCAUGAACUCGUUCUGCAGGAGAGAUUUGGUCUUCCUGUCGGAUGACUGCAAUGCCUUGGAAUACCCAAUCCCAGUGACCACGGUCCCGCCAGAUCAUCAGAGCUAAGGCAGCCCAGACCAGAGAAAGACCCCAGUGGGCUAAAGCCGCACCCCCACAGAUCUCUGUGUCACUGGAGCAUCUGAAGCUGUCACAUGUCCCUCCAGCUGGAAGGCGGGUCUAGUACUCCUACCCGGGAGCCUCCUUGAGCAUAGAAUUAGAAGCUGUGCUUCUCAUUCCUUUCAGUUAUGCCUUGCCGAGACCGUUAGAUACACAAGCAUGUUGAUUUGGUCCCUAGGAAGAAAGGGGCUGACCAACUUCUCUUUGAUGAGAAACUAGCUUGAGAGCAAGCCAAACUGGGUGUUUUUAUUACUGGCUUCUUGGAGUAAUGGAGCUGGCUUUCUUUCUUGAUAGGAACCUCCUUAUGCGUACCAACCUUCUAUUAUAACUUCUCCUGAUACAAAGUUCCCUCUUCCUUCCAUUAAAAAAAAUACCGCUUUUAAGAUGUCUUUGCAAGGUUUUUACGUAGUGCUGACAGAAACCAUUCUUUCAUAGAAAGGUGAUGAAAAUCGAAUAAAGGAUAUCUUCACCGCAAGAAA